CAAAGGAGAAGGCAGUUGAACGGCAGCGACCCAGCCGAGGGUGAUAGCAACUGGAUGAUCUUCGUGUUUCUACAGACGCGUCCGGACCAGAGGCUGACUGUGGGGAAAAGGCCACUCUGAAGCGAAUGAAGAAACAACUAAUCUUUCACUUCACAUACAGAGGAUUUCUUAGAAAAAAGAGUAAAAGAAGAAAAUGGAGUAUAAAUUACGAAAGGCUGAACCCAGGGACGUGUCUGACAUAUUACGACUGGUGAAGGAGCUUGCAAAGUACGAAGAGAUGGAGCACCAGGUGACACUGACUGAAAAAGAACUCCUAGAGGAUGGAUUUGGUGACACCCCGUUUUACCAUUGCAUCAUUGCUGAAAUCCAAGGAGAGAACAGCAGUAACGAUCCGAAGGCGGUGGGUUUCGUCAUGUACUACUUCACUUAUGACCCCUGGGUUGGCAAACAGCUGUACCUGGAAGAGUUCUACGUGAUGGACGAGUACAGAGGGAUGGGCAUCGGCUCGGAGCUCCUGCGCCGCCUCAGUGAUCUGGCGAUGAAGACGCGCUGCACCGGCAUGAUGUUUAUCGUGGCGGAGAACAACGAGCCGUCCAUACAGUUCUACAAGCUGCGCGGCGCCGAGGAUCUCUCUCAGGAAGGCUGGAGGCUCUUCAGGUUCGACAAGAACAGCCUCGUCAAGAUGGGCACUCCAGCUGAGGAAUGAAGGAGGUCCGGCGCACACGGGAGGAGGAGACAUGAGAGUCUGACCCGAGACGCAGAGUUCGGCCGCUUUUUCUGACGAGUCGUGUUAUUGAAUCUGAUGUUGCUGCCACUCAAACUCUGUCGUGCGCGGUGGGGUGCGCGGUGGGGGCAUCGCAGCAGCCGGAUCGAGUCAGUCGGCCUCUCGACGUCUCCUCUCACAAGUUCAGCUUUUUAAAAGGGGAAUUGUGUAACGUAAUGUUUUUAGCUCUCAAUCUUAGUAAGCCUCGUGUUUAGUGCUAAUAUGUAACUCUUAUUUUAUCCGUUAGUGUUAGUGCAUUUGAUGUGCAGAAAGACUUGUGGCUUAAGUUUGAAAUAAAAACAAUAACUUGUCACA